GAGAGAGAGAGAGGUGGGGGUUGUUUGCAGAAAGAGGAGGUCAGUCAAGCAGUGGUUGAUGGAGGAGGAAGAGAGCAGUUUCCAGCCCUUCUGAAUAUUUCAUAAGGGAGAUCCUCCAACGUCAGGCUACCUGGAUGGACUGAGAGAAAGAGUUGGUACUGCAUUUAGCUGGCACCAAGACCAGGUGGAGGGGGGGAAUGGGAGAGCGGCGCACUUGAGAAGAGGAAUUUUUUUCCUGUUUGACCCUGCCGUAGAGCCACAGAUAAGGAAAAUAUCUGCGGGAAGGCACCGGGAAUGAACCAAAAGCAGAGAGAAAGACAGGGGGCUCAACUGCUGGCUGGCUAAUCCUUAAACCUGUGAUAAACGGGCUAAGGAGGGAGGAUCCCAUCCCUGGGCGAAAGUCUGUGUGAGCGUCUGCCUCAGUCUUUCUAGCAACACCUCCAACACGUGAAAACUUAUCCGAUUCUUCACAAAAACACAAGGAAUCAACUUUACAUGAAGGGCAGCUCGGUCCGCUUUUGACAGAGGAAUUACGGUCUGCCAAGUGGGAGCCAACGAAAUCCCGCAGGUAUGUCGUCCAACGAGCUGAGCGUGGAAAUGGACUCGUGCAUCCGGACGUUCAAGGAGCACAUGCACCUGGAGCUGGAACCCCCGAAGGUGCCGGGCGUGGUGGGAGGCAAGAGGGGAGCGACGUCUCCAAAACUGUCCCCGAGAAGCUCCCCGAGGCUCUUCCGCAAGCUGAUGGUGAACAAGAGCAUCCGACAGAGGCGGCGCUUCACCGUGGCUCACACCUGUUUUGACGUGGAGAAUGGCCCGUCUGCCGGCUGCAGCCCUUUGGACCCCCAGGCGUCCCCCGGCUCUGGUCUGGUGCUCCACACCAACUUCCCGGGACAUAACCAGCGGCGGGAGUCCUUCCUCUAUCGCUCUGACAGCGACUAUGAGCUUUCCCCCAAGUCCAUGUCACGAAACUCCUCCAUCGCCUCCGAACUACAUGGCGAUGACCUGAUUGUGACUCCAUUUGCUCAGGUUUUGGCAAGCCUUCGAAGUGUAAGGAAUAACUUCACCGUUUUGACUAAUGUCCAGUGUGCCUCCAGCAAGAGGUCUCCGGCAGCAACAACUCAGCCUCCCAUCACUAGAGUUUGUCUGCCAGAUGAGGCGUACCAGAAGCUGGCAAUGGAGACAAUGGAGGAGCUGGACUGGUGUCUUGACCAGCUGGAGACCAUCCAGACCUACCGGUCUGUCAGCGACAUGGCCUCCAAUAAGUUUAAGAGAAUGUUGAAUCGGGAGCUGACGCACCUAUCCGAGAUGAGUCGGUCCGGGAAUCAGGUUUCCGAAUUCAUCUCCAACACCUUCCUAGACAAGCAGAAUGAGGUGGAGAUCCCGUCACCGACAUCCAAGACGCGAGAGAAGAAGAAACAGCAGAAGCAGCAGCUGAUGACGCAGAUCAGCGGCGUUAAGAAGGUCUCCCACGGCUCGUCGCUGUCCAACAGCAGCAUAUCGCGCUUCGGCGUCAAGACCGACAAAGAGGAGCAGCUGUCCAAGGAGCUGGAGGACCUGAACAAAUGGGGCCUAAACAUCUUCACGGUCUCGGAGUAUUCCCACAGCCGACCUCUGACCUGCAUCAUGUACGCCAUUUUCCAGGAGCGAGAUCUGUUAAAGACAUUUAAGAUUCCGGCCGAUACGUUUGUGGCCUACAUGAUGACACUGGAGGAUCACUACCACGCAGAUGUGGCUUACCAUAACAGCCUGCACGCUGCCGACGUGGCUCAGUCAACGCACAUCCUUCUCUCCACUCCCGCCUUGGAUGCGGUCUUCACAGAUCUUGAGAUCCUGGCGGCCAUCUUUGCUGCAGCGAUCCAUGAUGUUGAUCAUCCUGGAGUUUCAAACCAAUUCCUCAUUAAUACCAACUCUGAGCUGGCCCUGAUGUACAACGAUGAGUCGGUGCUGGAGAACCACCAUUUGGCUGUGGGCUUCAAGCUGCUACAGGAAGACAACUGUGACAUCUUCCAGAACCUCACAAAGAAGCAGAGACAGUCCCUCCGCAAGAUGGUCAUCGACAUGGUUUUGGCUACUGACAUGUCUAAGCACAUGAGUCUGUUGGCGGAUCUGAAGACCAUGGUUGAAACCAAGAAGGUGACCAGCUCUGGAGUGCUGCUGCUGGACAAUUACACGGACAGGAUACAGGUGCUGCGUAACAUGGUUCACUGUGCCGAUCUGAGCAACCCCACCAAGUCCUUGGAGCUGUACCGUCAGUGGACUGACCGGAUAAUGGAGGAGUUCUUCCACCAGGGAGACAGAGAGAGGGAGAGGGGGAUGGAGAUCAGCCCCAUGUGUGAUAAGCACACGGCGUCCGUGGAGAAGAGCCAGGUGGGUUUUAUUGACUACAUCGUGCACCCCCUGUGGGAGACCUGGGCGGAUUUGGUCCACCCUGACGCUCAGGACAUUCUGGACACAUUAGAAGACAACAGAAACUGGUACCAGAGCAUGAUUCCCCAAAGUCCCUCCCCGCCCUUCUACGACCAGGGCACACACGGACACAGCGGAGGCACAGGGGGACAAGGAGGCGGGGAGAAAUUUCAGUUUGACCUGACGCUGGAGGAGGAGGACAUGGACGGGAUGGAAAAAGACGGGGAAGCGGAGGACGACGACGAAGGAGAAGAAGAAGAAAUAGAGGUGGAGGACGGUCUUGAAAAUUCCCGUUCCCGUUGUCCGGACUAUUUGGACGGUCGGGCAGAGGAGGAAGACGUCAUGAUUGAGCCUAUGACGGCGAUAGAGAUUGUGACGCACGAGGCCUCGCCCACAGAGACGUAGGGGCUUCCAGCAGCAUGCUCACGUGGUGAUUUGAAAGUUUUUAGAAAAGAGGGGGGAUACCCUCUAGCGGCUGUGCUUUUUAACAAGCCCACAGAAGCAAAGGCUUAGUUUUGGCCCGCACAGGGGGGGGCACCUUGCACUUGGGUGUUUGAAGCCAGACACAGACGGACAGUUUCACAGAGGUGGCUUCAGAGUUCUCAGGAAUCAUUUGCUGCGAACAUUUCGGUCUCGAUGGACGAGGGUGGAACUUGAAGGAUUUCAGCCAGUUUGGAAAAUGGCUCCUUUUCUUUUCAGGACUAGCAUUAUAUGGACAACGACACUACUGAGAGAAGUUUUGUACCUUAAGAUGUUUUUUUUUCUACAGAUUUAAGAUCUUGACGUAGCAUAGAUUAAGAUCUACUGAUGGAGACACAUUUGUAUAGCAAGAGAAAGUGUUUACUUAUUUCUGUACCAUUUGUCAAAGAACUUUUUGUGUGCCUUUUUUACCGACUGUCUUUAUAAUAGUUUUUUAUUUAUUGAACACACUAGUGUUUGUGAAAUGCUUUUAUUUCCUUUAUGAAAAAAAAAACGAGAAAAAGUUUUUGUUUUUUUUGUAUGUUAAAGAGCAAAGUCUUCCACAUAUUGGGCAAUAGAGAAAUCCAAGCUUAAUGUCGACAAACAGUUCGUGGACUCAUCUACAGUAAAUGGGAAAGUGUACACCAACAUUACUCAAUUUGUUUGCCAUCUGAGCACAGGUAGAGUCGAAAUACACAUUCGGUUAUGGUUCAUGUUGCAAAUUUGGUGUGCUGCGUUUUGUCUCAGUCAGUGAAUGUCAAUAUUGCACCUAAACACAUCACUUUACAUCCUCCACUCUUUCUUUUUGGUGUGCUGCAAACCGUUGAGCUUUCCUGCUUUUUCACCCCGUGACAUCAAAUUCAGGAGAUGCUCUGUAUUUAGGUAGUCUUUCCAUUUCCAUGUAGUGUUUGUGAUCCAGUUUAAUGUUUUCCAACAUGUUAGUAGUGGAUUAAAAAAAUAGCAGAUAUGCAAACAAGGAAGAAGCAAAAAAAAAAAAAAAAAGGUCCUGGCAUCUGGUUGCUUGAUUCAAGCAUAAAACGGCAAAUUAAGUCCACCAAGGACGAAAUGCACAACAGUGGUGAGUCUAUUCUUAGCUCCCAGGUAUGCUCCAGUCCUAAUAAUCCUGUUAGCCAGAAGAGGUUCAGAGCCCAGAUCUGUCUGAUGUAACGUUCCCCCGCCUUUCCCGCAAUCAGUACCAGACCAGAUGAUUAAAGCUGCAAUUACAGUCGCCUGUCUAAAACACACCGGUGGACAGAAUUCGCCUGGUUUACACGCCUCUCUGGGCUCGGGCACAAUGACCCUGAGACAAUCAAGACAAGUAUUUCUUCCUCAAGAUAAAAAUCUGCCCAUUGACGUCAGCUGACUUCCCGAACGUCCCAGACAGGAUCGCCGAAUUCAGCCUGACGCAGUGAAGCCUUGGAACUGUAACGAAACCAGAAAUACUCCCGAAAGCUCAAAGACGGUUUGCAGACCUUCCUACGUCUGAUCACAGCGGCUGUCCUGGCGGCAUAAAUCUGUUCACUUUCAUGUAGGUUUACUGAUACUCAAAGGUACUUAGUUUCAUUUCCCAAAAGCAUGCUUAAGUGGCAAUCAUUCGUGUGCAGUAUGUUUUUUUUUUUUGUUUUGUUUUUUAUAUGGGAGUGCAUCGUUUGUGUGUGUUUGGAUAGGCCUUACCAUCCCCCAAAUCACUCCACAAAUUUGUCUCUGCCUGUUUGUCGCUAUGAGCUCAAGUUGGUCCUUUUUGCUGUUUAUAACAGUGUGUAUUUAUUCUCUACUUUAAGCUUGUAAAUAAGAAAUACUGGUUUAGUGUAAAAUCUAUUUUAAUUUAUAUGCACUUGCAUUACCUGGAAGUGGUGGUGUCUAAUGUGUAGAAGACUCUGGAACAGAGUCUUUUUUUAUAUAAAUGUAGAUUGUUUUUAUAUAAAUAUAUAUAUAUAAAUAUAUCUAAGUAUAUAUUCGCACAAUGUUUUGAGUGCCCAGCAGAGCAGCAGCUAAAGAGGCUUGUUGAUGUUAUAUGAAAACCUUGUAACUACAAAACUUUUUUUUUUGUCUUUUUACAUAAAACCUAAAUUUGUUUUACAUCCUGAGAUGUUAAAACUAUUAAUGAUGCACGAGCAUAAACCAAAAAUGACUUUAAUAAAUAUUGCAGAAAAUUUCAACAGAGAACCUUAUAUUUUAUCUUUUAUUUAAAUCUAAAACCGUUUUUCAGCUAACUAAUUCAGGUUACAAGGCUUUUAUUUGACAUCAGCAAUUUGGUAACCAAAAUACCCCAUGGAGGACAUUUUAAACUUUAUAGGCUUGGAUUUAGAAUACACACAAGUUAGCUAAGCGAUACUGAGGCAUAGGUAUUGCUCAGUUUCAAAGUACACAAAUAGCUUCAUUUUGUCAGAUUUGACAGCUCAUGUGAGCCACACAGAAUGUUGACUGACAAACACAAAGUAAUCGUCUCCUUUUUACGCCCAAGGCACUUCAUCUAAGGUAGGGGACAUUAUCGGUAGCAUGCUACAAUAUGCCCAGCACUGAUGCUAAUUGUUUUGAGUCGAAAACAAAUCCUGAUUCUUAUGUAACUGACUGUGCUAAUGUGUGAACUCUUUUGACCAAACUUGUUAGCAGUUUUGACGGACAAGAAUUUGUCAGUAUAAAUGUUAUCUAUGUUCAAGCUUUCUUGGUCCUAGUUGUGUCCAAAUGGUUAGCCAGAUUUAGCACUAUCUGCAUGAGAGAUGGGUUCCUUUUUAUUUUGUUUUGUUUUUUUAUUUUCUCGUCAAUCUGUUAAAGUCCAACAGCUGUUGGAGGUGGGUUAAUAAAUGUUUCACACAAUGUAUGGUAUGAUAUUGUAUAUUGUGUUUAAAAAUAAAUCCGAAAUACUUUUUUAUUAAGUGAUUAAAAGCAAAGCAUGAA